UUAUCUAUAUAAGUAACAGUUAAUUCAUAUAGAAUUUUAUUUAUUGCAACAUCAACACUAACAGACAACGAAUUUAAUAAAGACAUACAGAAUGAACAAAGUAUUAUUUGGAUGUAUUAUCGCUGUUUUUAUAAAAUACAGCACAUCCUAUCCUGCCGAUGAUCCGAUAUCAAAAAUGUUGUCUGACAUGAGCGACUUCGCAAAUAAGACGGAGAGUACAAUGCAUUCAGUGACUACAAAAAACACCACCAAAACUUUCACUACCAAGACAUCAAAUCUUCUCCUGGAGGCUGCAAAAACAUUAGACAUAACUAAUAUCAAAUCGGAUGUAGAGUUCCUGUCGCUUUUGUUUGAAAGCGUAUUUAAUAUUAUAAGAGAUACUAAAUCCGAAGAGGGUUUAUUCAUAUCUGACUUGACGGUGAUAGUUCCGUCGAUUAUAGAAAAAUGUGUACAACAGUUGCAAUUUGCAUUCUUUAAAGUUUUUUUCGGUAGUCUCGUUCCGAGUUCUUUUACAAAUUUCGUUAAAUUAAUAAAUGUCGCAGUAAAUACAACUGCGGGUGCCGCUGAUGUUGGUUUAAAAUUGGCGACUGCCUUAGAAACGGGAAAACUAAACGCUGUAUCAAAGGGUAUCGACACCGCUGAGAAAAUCGCUGACUCGAUAGCUUCAAGUGUGCCGUCUAACGGUGCCGCAGAUGCGGUGAAAAAUAUAGUCAACGGUUCACUCGACAAAGCCAAGGAAGCCGUAGACACUGCGAAGACGUUAGAGACUGAAGGUUCAAAUGUCCUAAGCGGUAUAUUGCAUUCAUUUAAACUAGGUAAAUGAGGUGUGCGUCAUCAUAGUAUGUACAGCCAUGAACAUUUUAAGAAUUAAACAUUUUAAGUAUUUUAAAAUUACUAAAAUAUGUUUCGUCAUAAAUUAUUAUUUUAUUAUUUACUUAUCCUUGGUUAGUUAUUCGAGGACGUAUGAUUGUAAGAAGAGCAUUUUAUUAAUAAAGUG